UUCGUUUAUUUCGGUUUUCUGCUUAUUGCGAAACGGAAACUAAGGUCGGGAAAGCGAUUUGUGUCUCGCAUCUCCUGCCUUGUCAGGCGACAUCGUGGCUCUUUUGCAAACAGACUUUGCAAAAUGAAACUCUCAUGCUUAUCUUAGCAGGGAAUGGGAAAGAUCACUGAGCUUCCCUUUCCAAGAUGCGGUCGCGCCCUACCCGAAUCAAAAAUGGCUGCGGCGCCGAGGCGCCACGACUCGGUGCUGCAACGCGAAGUCCUAGCACUGCCACGUCCCGCUUUCUGUCCACCGCAUCUGCGUACGCUCGCGCUCUUACGUUCUGCACGUGUCUGGGUACUACGUUCCGCCUGGUCCUCGCGGCCGCCGACUUUUCGGAUGCGCCGGACGACAUGCUGACGAUCGAUGCGACGGCUUCGAUCAAGAAGCCAAGCAAAGUCCGAACUACCAACGUCCACAAAAACCUUGCAGCGGGGGACCACACGAAUGCCAUGACGAUUCUGAAGUUACAAAAAGAGGUGGAAGCCCUCUCGCAGGAAAACGCGCUUUUGAUGGAGCAAGUAAGCCAGAAGCACGAACAAGGGCUGCGGCGAGAUGGACUGUCACCGACUACGACCUCUUUGUCCUCUUUGACUAAUGGCAAAAAGGACGGUGCCGCGCAGUCGACAUCCUUCGUGGACAUAACUGCGGGGGAGAAGCAGAAUUUAUUCCCUACGGGACGAGCAACGAACCAGACCACGGAAAUUAUGGAGGACGAGAACACCGAAUUGGCGACGCUCGUGAACAUGCUCGUGCGCAACGGAGAGGCGGCUAUGGCGGCGCAAGAGCGGUUGGACCACGCCGUCGCCGCGCGGGUGCGCGCCGAGUUUUUGGAGCGCGAGGCGAAGCUGGAGUGGAGAAACGUCAGUAAGGUAAGAAAGUGGUGUGGGAAGUUCGAAUUUAUCCCUUGAGACGGUCGUACAUAGUGAUGGAUGAAAGUAGAAAACACAGAACUUAAUGAGAAAAAAGUCACCCAGGUCAUGUGUUGUUAGAUUCGUACUCCUGCAGUGCUUGGAAAUGCGACUUGAUAGUACAGGUUUCCAAGGAGCUGACGCGAAUGGCGAUGAGAGAACUUUUGCGCGACUCGGUCUUCCCGCUGCCCCUUGCUGCGGGUCGUUCCUCCGUUGCGGCGAAAGAGAAGAAUUUUGUCGGACAGAUCGAGUCCAUGAUCGCCGGGGUUCUGGCGGAAUUCAAUGGCUUCGACAUGGACAAAAACAACGUGCUGGACAAGGACGAGUGUCCGGUGCCCCCGCCUGGUGCGGAUGCGAACAACGACGGAAAUCUCACCCCGACCGAAAUCAUCACGCACACGUACAACAACUUCAUUUCCGUGCUGGAAGGGGCCCGUCCUGGUGGACACGGCGAGAAACGUGAGCUCAAGAAGAGCGUCGAGAGUCGUGGGGGGAAUCCGACUUCCGCCAGCAUGUUAGAGGCCGGCAUGUCAGAGUCGGUCGCGAACUUCUUUCGGGGCGGGUGUGGAAUCUGUGGGUGCUCAAAACCAGAAGGCGUGGAUGGAGAAGAAUUGCAAUUCGGUUGGGAGGACGGGCACUACAACGCACCGGGUGCCUUGCAGAACAUAUACAGAGACACUCCGGGGGAAUACAGGUGGACGGACUCCCCCUGGGAGGAAGAUGCGGAGCCGAAAGCGGAGACGAAAGCGGAGCCUAAAGCGGAGCCGAAAGCGGAGCCGAAAGGCAAUCUAGUCAGUCUUUGA